GCUCAUUCCACACCAAUCUCCGUUCGGUCUGCACCAUGUCACCCGACGAUUUAGUUUCGGCCUUUGAAGGUGCGUGUAUCAACGGGGACCUACCAAAAGUCCAGGAGGCCCUCGCCAGUGGGCGACUUUCUGCCGAGUCUCUUGACGAUGGACUCAGUCUCGCUACCAGUCACGCACAUGUGGACAUCGUGACCACGCUGUUCCAGGCCGGUGCUCGAAAGACCCCUUAUGCGGUAGGCUGUCUCUGUGGGAAAGAGGGAUACCAGGACCCACGCAUCAUUCGUCUCUACUUCGAUCGGGGUUUGAAACCUAGCAAAUGUAUCACGCCCGCCGGCGAGCCUCUUCUCCGCUUCUACUAUGCCCCCUGUGCGCGUGAAUUACUCGAGCGAGGUGUUGAUCCCAACCGUUGCGGCCCGAAAAAGAUAGCCCCUCUUACCAGUGCCCUGAACAAGGCCUUCACAGAUGAUGGGGCUGUCUUUAACCUACUGGUUGAAUACGGGGCUAAGAUAGAUUCCAGUCUCUUUUUCAACGCAAUUGAAUGGAGUCGAUCGAAUACUGAGUUUAAGGUGAAAUUUCUGCUGGCUAAGGGUCUAGAUCCGAAUACAACCUCGGAGACAUGGGGCACCCCUUUACAUUGUGCGAUUCGGUUUACUCUGGUAGGAGUGGUUCGGAUCCUGCUCGGUGCGGGCGCAGAUCCUACAGCCCGACCGGACUGCAGUCCAUACCGUGGCAAAAGCCCCGCGGACGUAGCCGAGUCCAAGAUCCAACAGUAUACCAAGCAUCCUAGCAUGCAAGCCAAAUAUCGGAGCAUCCUCACGCUCCUUGCAGAUGCACAAGGAGGUCACGAAAUCAGUCAACCGAAGGAUCAGGUUGCUACUCCUACCACCGCAUUGUCCGAGAAGCCGGAGGAGAAUCAACGCGAACAGUCGAACAUGGACGCAGAGCAUGCCUCAAACUCGGUACAAGCCAAUCCGGAAGAGUCAAUAACCGAGACUGCCACCGAGCCUACAGCAAAGAAACCGAAAACGAGAAAACAGCAAAAUACUGUCCAGGAGACUCCAGAGAGGGAAGGUUUGACGGAUAGUAUUAGCAGCCGAACACGGAGUCGUACCAAGGUUGCCUCCAACUAGAUCUGGCUAACCGGAACAUGAGCUCCUUCAGACUGAGCAGCAAAAGAGUAUACAUUGUUUGUAUGUUUUAGUUUCCUGUAUUGUACCUAGUGGCAGCAAGGGAGGGGUCACUGGUUGACCAAGGUCGUUCACAACCAGAGUACCGUACCAGAUCGUAGAAAGACCCGUGACCGGUGUUUAUGACUGUUGGUGUUAUAACGAAUCCUGAUCAGCCGGUUUCUUAGCACAUAGCAGAUUCGAACAAGCCGU